AUGGCCUCCAAUAUUUUCUCUCGGCUUAACUCGACUACGGGCCGAGCCCGGCGCUCGUUUUAUGAAAGCCUCCGAUCUGGCGAUGACGGUGGCCAGAACGAGGCCGAAACAGAAGGCCAUGACGUUGAAGAGCGUGCGGAGCUAGCGCUUGAUGAAGAGAACUUGAACGAGCAGUUUCAGGACUACGACCUAGAACACGCCGACGGCCUCGGGGCCGAUGCUAGCCGGGCAACAAUCGAGAGUGCCGCAGUCGGAACGAUUGCUGGUGGCGCAGCUACAUCAGCGGCAGCGGCGGCGGCAGCUUAUUCGGAGGCGGGUACAGGGAAAUGGUCUGCGGCGAAUAGAGGGCGGCGCGGCCACGGAAACACCUCGCACUCUCGCUGGGGUGACGAUGACGCAGACGACGACGACGUUCCCGAUUCUCUACUCGUCGAACCACAAGGUCCCGGCGCCGAUCCGUUCCCGCCAAUGCUUAAAGCAACGCCUCUACGAUUGCAUCCGUCCGACCGCCGUUCUCGUGGGCCAGGCAGACCCAUCCCAGGGCCUGCCACGAAGAAGAUUCGCGCGCAGUGGGAAGCCACAAAGAAACAUCAGCAACCAUAUGGAAACGACACAAACGGUGUUGGUGGCAGUUCGGGAGGAAUGUACGGCGAGCUGCCCGGUCCCGUGAGUGGGAGGAUGGCACAGGCUGCCGGCAGUCAACCAGGGAAUGCGUUGUUGUCGUAUUUCUUCUCGUCAGGUGGCCGCGGGCACCAAAAAAGCACAGCCUACGAUCGAGCCAUGUGGAGAUGGGUCAACGUUUCGAAUCUUGACAACUUUAUACGCGAUGUGUACGAUUAUUACCGCGACAGUGGUAUUCGUUGUAUUCUCCUUGCACGAUUGCUGCAUCUUGUUAAUGUUGCUUUUGUGGCUGUUUUCCUUACGUUUUUGACGCAGUGCGUGGACUAUUCAAAGAUUCGUGGCAGCACACGGAUGGACCAGAUUUUGAUACCGCAUUGCACGAAAAAUAUGUCCUGGAUUUGGAAUUUUGGUCUGUGGCUGUUCGCCUUCUAUUUCAUUUGGAAAACAGUGCAGUUUUUUAUCUUUGAUGUCCGGCGAUUGUUAAACCUACGCGACUUCUUUGAGCACCUGCUUCAAAUCCCCGAGCACGACAUGCAGACUGUGUCAUGGCAAGACGUUGUGGUCAAAGUCAUGGCGCUGCGAGACCAAAACCCAAAGACAGCGACGAAUAUGACGCGAUUGCAGCGCGAAUGGAUCGGUAGCCAGUCCAAGGAGCGCCUCGACGCUCACGACAUCGCGAACCGGCUGAUGCGGCGAGAGAACUACCUAAUUGCCCUCUUCAACAAAGAUAUCCUCGACCUGUCCGUUCCACUCCCGUUUCUGCGAAACAAGCAAUUUUUGACACGAACGCUCGAGUGGACGUUGUGGUUUGGAGUUCUCGACUUCGUAUUCGACGAGCGGGGCCAGGUCAACCAAGAGUUCCUCAAGUCCAAUCGCCGCAGCCAGCUAAGCACCAUGCUAAAGUCCCGAUUUCUCUUUGCCGGCUUCAUGAACCUUCUUUUAGCACCAUUCGUCGCUUGCUACCUGGUUGUCGUUUACUUUCUGACUUACUAUAAUGAAUAUCAAAAGAACCCUUCGGCACUCGGUGCACGAGCGUAUACACCGCUGGCGGAAUGGAAAUUCCGCGAGUUCAACGAACUCGAACAUCUUUUCGAGGAAAGGCUAAACAUGUCGUAUCCUUUUGCGACACGGUAUCUAGACCAGUUCCCCAAGAGAAAGACAGAACAAGUGGCCAAGACUGUGGCCUUUAUUGCAGGAGCCGUUAUGACCGUUCUGGCCAUUGCCUCGCUGGUUGACCCGGAGUUGUUUCUGGGGUUCGAGAUCACGCACGAUCGCACUGUCCUCUUUUAUGUGGGUAUUUUUGCCACGGUAUGGGCAACUGCCCGUGGUAUGAUUACCGAAGACAAUAGCGUGUUCGACCCUGAAUAUGCGCUGCGCAACGUUAUCGAAUAUACACACUAUGAACCUGACCACUGGAAGGGGCGGCUGCACAGUUUCGAUGUGAAGGUCGAAUUCUCCGAAUUAUACCAGAUCAAGAUCAAGAUUUUCUUUGAGGAGAUCCUGAGUAUCUUCUUUACACCACUUAUUCUGUUCACCAGUCUUCCUCGAUCCAGCGACCAGAUCAUUGACUUUUUCCGCGAGUUUACAAUUCAUGUCGAUGGACUAGGCUACGUCUGCUCGUUUGCUGUGUUUGAUUUUAACAAGGGCAUGGGGGCUAGCAACCCCAAACGCCAGGAGCAGCAAUCGCUGCAGCCGGACCCUCUGGGUACAGGAGGCGGUGAUGUCCGAGAUGAUUACUACUCCACUAAACACGGCAAGAUGGCAGCUUCGUACUACGGGUUCUUGGACAACUACGUGAUCAAUCCGAAAACGGGUAUCCCAGGUCAUCACCCUCCUGGAGGAGGGCGCCAUUAUCACACUCAAUUUUACCCACCCCCCGCUUUCCCUGGUCUGAACUCGCCAACACUUGCAGCCGAUAUGCAAAAUUCCCGUAUCCGACACAGGGGCUCGGGAACCACGGGAGCCGGUGGUGCCUUGCCUAGCGCUACGCAUGCGUCACUCACACGCACGCCUCGCUUUGGCCCCUCAUCUAUGGCCCAGCCGUCCCCGAUGGCAUCCAUAUUGUUGGAUCCGCACCACCAGCCAUCGACGAUUCCGUAUGCAAAUCGCAGCAUGCAUCGGCCGAGAAUACCUGGCGGUGGUGUUGGCCGUUACAGCGCAGGUGGAACCGGCGAGAGCUACAUUGUGGAGGAGCCGGCAAUGGAAGACAGCCGCGUAGCGCCAGGCAGCGUGAUCGGUGGCGGUGGUGGUGCGGGCCACCGGGACGGCGCAUUCCGCGACAAUGAGCCAUUCCAGCCACCUCCACAAGCACAAUCCAGCAGCGGAGAACUUCAAAGCGGACCCGGAAUGCUGGAUGAGUCGACUUGGCAAACAUCGCCACCUACCGGGCUCUCGCGGGAGAACAGCGGGGUAGACGAUGACGCCGACGUGGGCGUUUUGGGUCUCAUGUAUCAGUUCCAACAAGCACAUCAGAACCAUCGGAUCCGAUAA